CUUAAUUGUAGUGCUUCCUGGUCCACGUAUUGAGAUCACCAAUAUACAUUCUCGUUGACAUGUAAUGACAUUUACUCGUUUUAAUCCAAACGGUGCUGUUAGUUCAUCUUCAGCCGCGAAACCUCAGUGACAGCCGGAUGACCUGAGAUAUUUUCACAUUUGGGCGUCUUUUAAAAGGAGGCAAGAUGUCUUGGUUUGCUGACUUGGCUGGAAAAGCUGAAGACUUUUUGAAUAAAGUGGACCAAGGUGCUGCUACUGCUCUCAGCCAAAAUCAGACAAGAACAUCCUCCUUCACCUCAUCCUACACAGAAGAAUCUCCUGUCAAACCUGAGUACAAGGCGGAAGUAGCUGCAACACACUUUGCAUCUUCUCAUGACGCACCAAACUACAUCUCUGCUGCAGCUGGCAACAUUAAAAGAUCUAAUGCAACCCUGCUGGCUGGCACAGCCAAUGUGUCCGGUGCACCCUCUGGUUCUGGCAGUAGUCCUCCCAGCUCUGCUAAGACAUCAUCCAACUUUGUGAGGCCCAAAAAGAGUGAGCAGGAUGUGGACGAUGAUAUGCUUUUUGACUUUCUCAACAGUUCAGACCCUCCAGUCAGCAACAGGAGGGAUUCAAGACGAAUACCAGUCACUGAGGCCCUUAACCCAACACCUCCCCCCUCUGUCACCCCCCAUACCAUCCCUUCAGCCCCAUCCACACCCCCCUCAACCCGUGGAGUAUCUCGGGCCUCAAGCCUCAGCUCUCUGUCUGCACACAGCAUCAAAACAUCUGACGAGAGCUCUGCCAAAGAGCCAAGCCAAGACACACCUGAAAGUUCAGACUCAGGAUUGGCUGUUCCUCAAGAGUCCAGCAGGCCAGAGCCCCCUCCCACAGAGGAGCCACAGAGCCAGGUCCUGUCCAGUCUGCGUUUGGAGAACCAGCUGCUGCGCAGUGAGGUGGCCUCCCUCAACCAGGAAAUGGCUUCAAUCAUUCAGAGGGCAAAAGACCUACAGGAUGAACUGAACCAAUCCAGAUUACGUGCAGACAAAUGGAACUCAGAGCAGUCUAUGACUGACCGAACAUUACGAGAACUUCGAUCACAGGUUGAUGACCUCACAGAGGCACUGUCUGCCAAAGACGGUCAACUUGCAGUCCUGAAAAUUAGACUUGAUGAAGCUGAUCAGCUGCUUAAAUCUCGCAGUGCUGCCCUUGAGGAAGCACAGAAGGAAAAGUCAAGAAUUGUGCAAGACCACACAGAAGGGAGUAGCAUGCAUUCCCAAGCCCUUGAAACAGUGCAGGAGAGACUGCGAGAAACUGAACUGAUGCUCAGAAGAGAACAGGACAGCUAUCGACAGAUGCAGAGUGAGUAUGCAGGCCGGCUGUCCAAACUGGAGGCUGAGAGGCAGAGCCUCGCAGAAACGAUAACUGCAUCAGAACGACGAGCUGCAGAGGAAAAACUCAGGGUUGAUGAUUUCCAGCAACAACUGAAAAGUGCUAAAGCUGCAGCUGAGGCUGCCAAGCAGGAGUUGCAAGAGUAUAAGCACAAAGCUUCACGCAUCUUACAAUCCAAAGAGAAGCUAAUCAGCAGUCUAAAGGAGGGUUCUGGCUUAGACACUCUGGAUGGCAGUGGAACCAUGGUGCUUGAGCUGGAAGAAUUACGUCAUGAGAAAGAAUUACAGAGGGAGGAGAUCCAAAAACUACAGGGACAAGUGCACACACUUCGAACAGAAAUCCAGGAUUUGGAAAAUCAGGCCCUGACGGAGGCAGAAACAUGGAGGGAGCAGCAAGCGCAUUUAGAGGAGCAACAAGCCUUACAGAACAGAGCCAAGCAGGAGGUGGAGGCGGAGGUUGAACGUUACAAACAGGAGGUGCAGUACCUGGAGGAAGAACAUCAUCGAGCCAAAACCACUCUGCAGAGCCGAAUCAAAGACAGAGAAGAUGAAAUUCAAAAACUCAGGAACCAGCUGACCAAUAAGACUAUAAGCAGCAGUAGCCAAACAGAGCUGGAGAAUCGGCUCCACCAGCUGACGGAGACGCUGAUCCAGAAGCAGACGAUGUUGGAGGCUCUGGGCACAGAAAAAAGCUCUCUGGUUUUUCAGCUGGAGCAUCUGGAGCAGCAGCUGAAGAACUCUCAGGGUGGACAGAGUGGAGGUCCAGCCAUCAACAUGAGUGGGCUGGAGGGACCAGGAGCUCGACAAAGAAAUACACCAGUUCUUUUCAGUGACCAGGACAGCCCAGGGGUGUAUGGGAAAGUACGCAAGGCAGCCAGCACUAUUGACCGUUUUAGCAUCAGACUGGGAAUCUUCUUGAGGCGCUACCCUAUGGCCAGGCUGUUCAUCAUCCUAUAUAUGGCUGUACUGCACCUCUGGGUCAUGAUUGUUCUCCUGACUUACACACCUGAAAUGCACCAUGGUCAUCCUGAUGGAAGAUAGAAGGCUGAAUGACAACAGUUUAAACAUGUUUCCUUUAUUGCCUUCUAUGUAAGGAUGGUACAAGCUGCUGGAAUUUGGGCUCUUGGAGCUGACCCUUCCUGUUUUGCACAGAAAUGCUAAGAAUUUAAGACAUUUCCUUGAUUUCUUCAACCUAAGAUUGAUAGCUGACAGCUGCAGUUCAUUUUUAAAUAUUUAGUUGGUGAUAUACUGUAUUAAUGGUUUCAUGAAAGGGCAUAAAAAACAGACAUUAUCUCACACUUGUUCUUCUCAUUACCAGCUUUCAGACCUCUGUUCCUCUGAGAGAUUGUAUUUAACACCAUGUGAAAAAGAAAUCUUUUAAUAAACAAAGUAAUAAGGUUUACCUUGAUAAACAAGGUUUAAUUAA